AUGGGUCAGGAUGGGUCGAGAUCCUCUGGAAGUGGUGGAGGACUUCCGACAACGGCUGUAUCGACUGGAGGGAGAGGCCGUGCUUUGUUGUGCGGUUGGCUCCAGAAUACCUUAAUCAACAUCAAGAUCAUGAUUCUCUGCGGCUUCGUGACCAUCCUUGUUCUGCUUGGCACAGUCAGCUUUGGGAACUUUGAAAGCUCGAACGAUGAUGCUGUUAAUCAGAAUCUCAUCAGAGAAAUCAAUCCGAUUCUUGCUGAGAUCCCAUCUGGUUCGGAUCCUACCAGCUUGGUUGAGCCUCCUAAAGUUGAGAUUAAACCCAAUUUGACCAACUUGGAUGAGCCUCCUGAAGUUGAGAUUAGUCCCAAUGUGACCAAAUUGGAUGAGCCUCAUGAAGUUGAGAUUAGUUCCAAUGUGGCGUACACUCUAGGGCCCAGGAUCACCAACUGGGACAGUCAACGCAAGGUAUGGCUGACUCAGAACCCUGAGUUUCCUAGUAUUCUCAAUGGCAAAGCUCGAAUCUUGCUUCUUACCGGGUCUCCCCCGGGACCCUGCGAUAAACCAAUUGGAGACUAUUAUCUAUUGAAAUCCGUGAAGAACAAGAUAGAUUACUGUCGGCUUCACGGGAUAGAAAUUGUGUAUAACAUGGCGCAUUUGGAUGAGGAGCUCUCAGGGUAUUGGACCAAAUUGCCUAUGAUUAGGAGAUUAAUGCUGUCUCAUCCAGAAGUAGAAUGGAUUUGGUGGAUGGAUAGUGAUGCUUUGUUCACUGAUAUAUUGUUUGAGAUCCCGUUGUCUCGGUACGAGAAGCAUAAUCUGGUGAUACACGGUUAUCCAGACUUGUUGUUCAACCAAAAGUCUUGGGUUGCGCUGAACACAGGUAUUUUUCUGUUGAGAAAUUGUCAGUGGUCAUUGGAUUUGUUAGAUGCUUGGGCCCCAAUGGGACCAAAAGGGCCGAUCCGUGAUGAAGCUGGGAAGAUACUGACAGCUUAUCUGAAAGGCCGGCCAGCAUUUGAAGCCGAUGAUCAAUCGGCGUUGAUAUAUCUCCUUCUUUCACAGAAGGAUAAAUGGAUGGAGAAGGUUUUUGUUGAGAAUCAAUAUUAUUUGCACGGGUUUUGGGAGGGUUUGGUUGAUAGAUAUGAAGAGAUGAUAGAGAAGUAUCAUCCGGGAUUGGGCGAUGAGAGAUGGCCCUUUGUGACACAUUUCGUAGGGUGCAAACCGUGUGGCAGCUACGCUGAUUACGCAGUUGAGAAGUGCUUCAAGAGUAUGGAGAGGGCUUUUAAUUUUGCAGAUGAUCAAGUGCUGAAGCUGUACGGAUUCAGCCACAGGGGACUGUUGAGCCCCAAGGUUAAGAGGAUCAGAAAGGAGACAGUUUCUCCUUUGGAGUUUGUAGACAAGUUCGAUAUCCGCAGAAUGCAUCCGGAAACCAAACCAUAG